GUGCCCUCCCUUUGAAGCUCCCAUUCUGUUCUCCUAUGCAAAGGAGAAGACCUUCACGUCCAAGGCUGUGCGUAUCAGUGUCAAUGGCGCCGAGAGUGGCGACUGGUCCAAGAAGUUCAAUCUGGAUAAAAUAGGCACGCCGCAGGUGCUGCAUGCCAGAG